UAGUAACUAAAACCCCUUAUGAGCUAUGGACAGGCAAAAAGCCUAGCAUUAGGCACUUGCACAUUUGGGGUUGUCCAGCUGAGGCAAGGCCUUAUAAGCCACAUGAAGGAAAGCUAGACUCAAAGACUGUAAGUUUCUACUUUGUUGGUUAUCCGCAGUACUCUCGAGACUACAAAUUUUACAAUCCCACCUCACGAUCAUUCUUUGAAACGGGAAAUGCGAGAUUCCUUGAGGAUAUUGAGUUUUGUGGGGAAGGAAACAUAAGGAAUGUUGUCUUUGAGGAAGAACAAGUCAUUGAUAGUGAUUAGAUUAUCAUACCUAUCACUAGUCCUGACAUAGUUAUGGAACAAGACAACAAUGAAAUUCCUCCUCCUAUACCACCAGUGGAACAAAAUCAACAUCCUCAAGAAGUGCCACUUAGGAGAUCCACUAGAGAAAGAAGAAGUACGAUUCCGGAUGAUUAUGUCGUCUUUCUUCAAGAACAUGAGGAUGGCAUAGGCUUAAUGGAGGAUGAUCCUAUCAACCUCGCUCAAGCCAUGCGCAGUUCUAACUCUGAACAGUGGAAUAGUGGCAUGAAAGAAGAGAUGAAGUCCAUGUAUGACAAUGACGUUUGGGAUGUCGUUGAAUGCCCUGAAGGAGUAAUUCCGGUUGGUAAUAAAUGGAUAUUUAAAACCAAAAGGGACUCUAAGGGUAAGAUUGAGAGAUUUAGAUCACGUCUAGUCGCUCAGGGCUUUACUCAAAAGGAAGGCAUUGACUACAAAGAGACUUUCUCUCCAGUGUCUGCGAAAGACUCUUUUAGGACAAUAAUGGCACUAGUGGCUCAUUUUGAUUUGGAGCUCCAUCAGAUGGACGGAAGACUGCGUUUCUCAAUGGAGACAUUGAUGAGACGAUUUAUAUGGUUCAGCCACAAAACUUUGUUGUGGGAGAUCCAAAGAAAAUGGUCUGUAAACUUAAGAAGUCCAUCUAUGGUCUCAAACAAGCUUCCCGUCAAUGGUAUCACAAAUUUCACAAAGUUAUUAGCUCAUAUGGUUUUGAGACUAAUCUUGUUGAUGAUUGUGUAUAUCACAAGUUCAGUGGGAGUAAAUUUAUUUUCCUGGUGUUAUAUGUUGAUGACAUUCUACUCGCCAGUAGUGAUAUAGGCUUACUGCACGAAACCAAGAAAUUCCUAACAAAGAAUUUGGAAAUGAAAGAUCUUGGUGAUGCCUCUUUUGUAUUGGGUAUUGAGAUACUGAGAGAUCGCUCUCGAGGUAUUCUCAAAUUAUCACAAAAGAGCUAUAUCGAUAAUGUUUUGAGUAGAUUCAACAUGAAAGAUUGUAACCCAGCGAAUACACCAGUAGCCAAAGGAGACAAGUUCAGUCUCGCUCAAUGCCCUACAUACAAUCUAGAAAGAGCGGAAAUGCAGAAGAUUCCUUAUUCAUCUGCAAUAGGGAGUCUUAUGUAUGCUCAAGUUUGUACUCGUCCCGAUAUAGCUUUCAUAGUGGGAGUACUGGGCAGAUACUCAAAGGAUCCAGGUAUGGAUCAUUGAAAGGCAGUCAAGCGUGUGAUGCGCUAUCUAAAGAGAACAAGGGAUUACAUGCUUACUUAUCAGAGAUCAGAUAGUCUGGAGGUCAUUGGGUAUUCUGACUCUGAUUUUGCUGGAUGCCAAGAUAGCAUGCGCUCUACAUUUGGCUAUAUCUUCAUGUUGGCUGGAGGGGCUAUUUCUUGGAGGUCUGCUAAGCAGCGUCUUAUAGCUCCUUCCACCAUGGCAGCAGAGUUUAUAGCUUGUUAUGAGGCAUCUGAUCAUGGAUUGUGGCUGCGAAAUUUUGUCACGGGGCUGCGUGUGGUAAACAACAUUGAGAGGCCAUUGAAGAUUUAUUGUGACAAUAAUGCAGCAGUGUUGUACUCUAAUAACAACGGGAGUUCGACAAAGUCAAAGUUUAUCGAUAUCAAGUACCUGGUUGUUAAGGAGAGGGUUCAAAAUGGACAGAUUUCUAUAGAACAUAUUAGGACAGAGUCUAUGCUAGCUGAUCCAUUAACCAAAGGAUUACCGCCUACUGCAUUUUAUGAGCACACUGCUCAUAUGGGCGUUAUUCUGGAUGAUACCUUGGUUUAGUGAGAGUCAUUUCGAUUUGUUCUAUAGACAUUGAUUUGUGACUCUGCAGAAUAAAGUGAUUUUUGUUUUUCUUCAGUUUCUGUUUUGAACCUUAAGGUGUUUAUUCAUAUUAUGCAAUUUUCUUGCAUGAAGUGCUUUUUGAUCUCACUAAAGUUGGACCAGUUGAAAAUAGGCAUGUUCAAGAUCACAUUACAUGUAAUUUUCAUGCCACUCAUCCAUAUUUGAUCUAUGUCAUUGAGUGUAUAAAUGUGGUGAUCAUGGUAGUUUAAUCAUUAUCAUAUCAUGAUUGAAGCCACGUUGGUUCCACUGCUAUACAUGAGAUGGACAAGAUUGUUAAGGAAUAGUCAUUGUACAAAUAACAUUCGGAUGCGCGCCUAAGGAACUUUGUGAUAUAAUUAUUUGCAUAAACGAUGCAUCCCAAGUGGGAGAUUGUUGGAAAUAUAUGUUCCACGUGAUGUGGGCUGUGGUUUAUGGAUAAUUGUAUUAGUUAUUUGUUAAAGUGGGCUAAUUAUAAGUGGUCAAAUUAUGGAGCCCAAGGCUACUCAAUAUCUUAUAUGGGCCCAAUGAGUGGAAACCAAAUACUAAACCUAAUUAGGGUUUUAUGGGAACCCUAGCUAAACAUAGUAUAUAAAGAACCUAGAGGUUGUGGUCCCCAACAUACCAAGACCAAAAAUACACACAUAUUCUCCCCAUCAGGAAUACGUGAGGUUUCCCGUGAGUGGACUAAGGAGGCUUGGUUGAGGAAGGCCACUAAACUUCCCAGAUCGUGCUUCUAAGGUAUCGUCCGGUUAAAGAUCGUUCUACAGAUUCCGCAUCAAGCUCACGACGAUCUACCAUCAUGAAUCCAGGUAUUUAGAUCUAUUCGCCUUUGAUAAUCUGACAAGAUGUAUUCUGGGGAAUUACAUAGGCUAAAGUUUAAUUCUAACAUCGGGAGGUUCUAGUAAUUGGAGAUGAGCCUGUGGAGGUGUUUCCUUGCGAAACCAAAUACCACCGUCAGUGCCGAAUUUGUUUCCGGCGAUGUUGAUUUUAAUGCUUCGUGGUGGAAACUCUUGCGGUGCCGUUUGAUCAGAUGCACAACUGAUUGUUGAAAUCGACGAGACCGUCAAAUAUCCACCGGGCGGUGUUGAUUUGAUCUGUGCAACUGACUUCUGAAAAUGAUGUCGUUCGUCAAAUAUCCACCGCCGUGCGAUGUUGAUUUGAUCGAUGCACCUCUGAAUGGUGAAAUCAACGUGACCGUCAAAUAUCCACCGCCGGGCGAUGUUGAUUUGAUCGAUGCACCUCUGACUUCUAACCAACGCGACCGUUACUGCGGUUUGCACCUCUCCAAACUACGUUCGAACGAGGGUGUUUGAGUUUUUUGGGCAAUCUACGUUAAAACUACUCCUAUGGAGAUUCCUGUGGAGAGCACCGCGACUACGACUACUGCUACAACUAUGGAGAUCCUUCCUGGAAGGAGUUACAGUGAAAAAAGGUAAAGUUUGACAGAUGUUUUUCUGUGUUGUUUUUGGUUGUCCUUUUCUCUCUCCUUGCUCCAUUGCUUUUAUUCCAAAAACAUCUUCGUAGUCUUCACGCUCGGUGAAACCGCUUCCUCAACUGCUCCGUUGUGAACUCCCACGUGUCUCAACCAUCUUGAUCUACUCCUCGCUCUGGUAGGCGCGAAUCUCACGUGAUGUCGUUUUAUUCCUCAAACAGCUCUGUCUACUUUUUUUCUCCGCGACAUUGUUUUAUAUUAAACACUGUCGUUUUAUACUCCGCGGUGUUGUUUUCUCAUGCGACGGCGUUUUUAGUCAAACGACACCGUCUAAAAUAAUCAUUAAACAAAUUAAUUAAUU